GGUGUGCGUAUGGAGGGGCUGGGAGAGGAGGGGGAGGGACUGGGGGAGGUGGUUUCCAUCUGUGGUCACGAGCUGUGGUCAUGAUCUACGCCGUGUUGCUGAGGGAGCCGAAGAGGACGAGACGAUGGUGGUGAAGGUGCAUGUGGAAUACGGUGCCCAAGAGUGUGGACCCCAAUAUCGGGAACUUGUCAAGAGCAUAAGAGACCACUUUCCCGCUGUGGAGAUUUCUGGAGAAGCUGGGAGAUCAGGCAGCUUUGAAGUCAAAAUCAAUGACCAACUGAUCUUCUCCAAGCUGGAAACUGGGAACUUCCCUUCUACAAAUUAUGUCCGUGAACAGGUACAGAGCAGGUUUGCUAGUGGAAAUUGUAACAUCCUAUAGCUGCCUAAACUGUACCUUCUCUUCAGCUGGAGUACAAAAGGGAUCCUGUUAGUUUGCUGCCACUGCGCCUUAUUCCUGGAAUCAUAAUGUGCUUUACUGUGCAACCUGGUGAGACCCGGGCACGUCUGUGAUCAGUUCCCACCGGGUGUUGCACUCUGCUAUCUUAACACUAACGAUGUUAGUCGAUUAUAUCAGUGCUACAUUGAUUUAUUAUCCGGUCGUCAUACCUUUCAAACGAAAGGGAGAGUUUCCUCUUUUUGCUUCCCCUCUGAUUCAUAAAGUGUAUUCUUUUCUCUCGCUGAUUACUAGUUCUUCCCAGUCUUGAGGACUGCAGCAAGUGCUGUGGGCACUGAGAUUGGGCCUCCCGAUGGCACUGUUGAGAUCGCGGAAUCUGAGCGCCUGGUGUUGGUACUCAGUCAGCUGUUCACCUCACACGUGGGUCCUGACAUAGAGCUGUGUGUUACAGGCACACGCUCUGGGCUCAGAGUGGUGUUUCACUGGCUCAACGCCCGCGUUACCAGCAUGGCACUGUGCACAGAGCCGCGUUAGUGACAAACGUACUGGACACGGCUGGUCUAAGCACAGACUCGCAGCUUCAGGUGGGGUGACAGAACGGGUGACGAAGCUAGCAAGCUUGAAGGCGGCUGCUCUGAGCAACCGACUUGUGCCUGUCUCGCUUUUCUCUCCUGCUCUCGAGGGGAAAUAACCAGUUUCUGAGCCUGGGGCAGAUUUGCAAAUUCAAUAGUUUCUUUUCUCUAUUUUUCUAUUAAAAAAAAAUGCUUUUUGCAUGACCCUGGCUGCAACACAUACAGCUAAUAAAACAUUUUAUACAUGAAA